AGCUGAUCCAGAGAAGCGACAAGUAAAUAAGUAUUGGGAGCUCCCAGCUAAGCGGCCCAUGUCAGGACUGAUCCAGUGCGGGUAUUUGAGCUUGUGUCACGUGAUCAUUCAGUGCCAAUAGGAGUUAUUAUAAACCAGAUCUUAUUUCUCAGCCUGAGCUGUUGAUGUGAAAUCUCUCACAGACAAAGUGACAGAAUCUCAGCAGGUCGAAUAAAAGGAAACGUGCCAGGAAUUCACAGCUUCUCUCCUCAUUCUCCAAUUCUUUAGACUUCUGUUCCCACCCCGUGACCCACCGUGACCCACCGUGACCCAAGCCUUCCUCCCGCCCCAAAUCCUCUCACCCCAUUGCUUCCCCCCCUCUCUUGUAUGGUUUGGUCUCUCCCGCAGCCACUCCUCUCCCCUUCCCCGCUUUCCUUUUCCAGCCAGUACCACUGAUUCAAAAUAAAAGGGAAAACAAAUUGCAGCAGGUCAAGACGUGAUGCCUUGAGCCCAACUUCAUUACGACAUACUCUCUUCCCCCGCCCCCUGUACCGCCCCUCCAUCCCAGCACCGCCCCCUCCUCGGCAACCUGCACUGUACGGAGCGUCCCUGGCAACUGUCUGUAGCGAAAGUGCGACUCACGCGUCUCAUCUACUUAAUUGAGCCCAGACCCCCCGCGUCUGACUGACAUUUGUCUUCUAUCCUGAGAGUCUGGCACGUAAUGAAGAUACGUCUGAACUCUCACUGACGCAGAAGUACAAUGCCUUCCCAGAUGCAGUAUUACAACUCGUCCCCGUCAGUCACGGGCAUCCUCCAGCCUAUCACUGCACCCGGUUCUUUUGGGCAGAUGAGACCAAGGGACGCCUAUCCCAGUACCACUGCCCCCCGGAUCCGACCAGUCACUGGGUUUCAGUUCCGAGAUGUCUCUCCUCCCCGCGGGAAGCCCGUGUGGAAUGAUGGAUACAAGUCAGAGGGCUGGAAAAACUCCUUGCGCAGAUAUAAAGUCAGCCUGAACCAUAGGCCCGUGGAGUCUGUGCUCAGCAAGCGUGCUCCGUAUGCAGGAAGAACACUAAGUGCCAACAGUGGUGGGUAUCAGUACAGAAACGGGAACACGGACACUUUGCCAACGUAUAACUCUAUGAACGACCCUCAUUUAUAUGAUUUCUAUGCCAAGAAGUUUGGAUUGCAGGUGAACCCACAGCCACCCUCCAUGAAACGGACCAAGAGUGCCCCAACCAGGAGAUCUGUGCUCCGCUCUGGUUCUCUCUCAGGGAAAAAAGUUCUCUACAAGGUCGUGGUGAAGACUGGAGACAAGAAGCAGGCCGGAACUAAUGCCAGAGUAUUUCUCCAGAUGAAGGGAUCUAAAGGAAAACUCAGUAAGACCCAACUGUAUAAAGCAUCCGGAAUGGACUCGUCAGACAAAUCAGAAGCAUUUUCAUUCAAAAAGGGCUCUACCCAAUCAUUCAAAGUGUACGGCCCCGAAAUUGGAGACAUCAAAACUAUCACAAUUGAGCAUGAUGGCCUGGAGCAGCAGCACGCAUGGUUCUUGGAAGAAGUGUUUGUGACCAAUACCAAUAGGGACAAAUCCUGGUACUUCCCAUGCCGCAGAUGGUUUUCCCUGUACCACACAGACUGUCAGCUGAGCCGCACUUUGUCCCCCGAGAUUAAACCCGUAUCUCAUGAACUCGAUGGCAAAAAAGGGGACCACACUGUAUACGAGGUUGUCACGGUUACAGGAGACGUGCGGGGGGCCGGCACCGACGCCAAUGUCUUUGUCACUCUUUUCGGAGAAUUCGGGAUCACUCCCAAGAUUCACCUCACCAGCAAGAGUAGGACGGCUUUCGAAAGGUCCAAGACUGAUGUGUUCCGAAUCAAAACCAAUAACGUUGGACCACUCAAGAAGAUCAGAAUUGAACACGAUAACACAGGACUGAACGCAGGAUGGUAUCUGGAUCGGGUCAUCAUAACGGAUAUGAACAGGCCCCAUCUUCGCUUCUACUUCCCGUGCAACAACUGGCUGAGCAAAGAAGAAGGAGAUGGACUUUAUGUCAGGGAUCUGCUAGGCAGUCUCAAUCCUAUGGAUGUGCCCAAAAUGAACAAAUAUGUUGCAAGAGUCUUUACGGGAGCAUCCAAUGGCAGUGGGACGGAUGCAGAUGUUUUCCUUAAUAUUUUUGGGGAGAAUGGAGACACGGGGGAACGGAGACUUGACAAUGAUAAAAACAACUUUGAGAAGGGCACAGAAGACAAAUUUACUAUCGAUGCACCAAAUCUGGGGAAAAUAAGGAAAAUCACUAUUGGUCACAAUAACAAAGGAGGCUCGGCUGGCUGGUUUCUGGAGAAGGUUAUUAUUGAAGAUCUCGGAAACAAAACAGUGUAUGACUUCCCUUGCUCUCGCUGGUUCGCUAUAGAUGAAGAUGAUGGAAAGAUUCAGCGAGAUCUGCUCGUGGGAGGGAGUGAAGCAACAGGCAUUGUGUACAAUGUUGCAAUUAUGACUGGAGAUAUCCGAGGUGCCGGAACAGACUCCAAGAUCCACAUCAUCCUACAUGGAGAGAAAGGUAUGAAGAACAGCGGCAAGAUCUUCUUGGAAGGAGGGGAGUUCGAGAGAGGCAGGAUAGACAUUUUCAACAUUGAAAUCGCAGCCUUACUGAGCCCGCUUAGCAGAGUGACAAUUGGGCACGAUGGACAUGGCGUGGGGGCUGGAUGGUACUGUGAGAAGGUUAUAGUUUACUGCCCAUUCACUGGCAUUGAGCAGACGUUUCCAUGUGGCUACUGGUUGGACGAAGAUGAAGGAGAUGGCCUAAUAGAGAGAGAACUCUAUGAAAUGUUGUCCUUGCGCCAGAAGAGGCAGAAGAAACAUCCGUGGUCACUUUGGAUAUGGACAAGUGAUAUUAAAAAUGCCGGAACCGAUGCCAACAUCCUUCUUCAGGUCUAUGGAGAGAAAGGAAAGUCUGAUGAAAUGAAGCUGGACAAUAACUCUGACAACUUUGAAGCCGGACAGGUUGACAGGUUCAUGAUUGAACUUCCUGAUCUGGGAGCUCUGUACAAAAUCCGAAUUUGGCAUGAGAAGAGAACGGCCUUUUCUGGCUGGCAUUUAAAUAAGGUAACCCUGCUGAAAACACUCACCAAAGAGAAAUAUACCUUUAAAUGUGGGCGCUGGUUGGACCUGAAUGAAGACGAUCGUGAAAUUGUAAGAGAGCUUGCAGCAGAGGGGCCGCUCGUAGACUCUGUCCUGCCCGUGGUAAAGUAUCGUGUGACGGUUUACACUGGUACAGUGAGCGGCAGUGGCACUGAUGCCAAUGUAUUUAUCUGCCUCUUCGGUGAUUUUGGCGACACAGGAGAGCGUUUUCUCAUUGACUGCAAAAACAACAUGAAUAAGUUUGAGAAAGGCAAUGCUGAUGACUUCAUUAUUGAGGCGGUGACUCUGAAGCAGGUGAAAAGAGUGCGGAUCGGACAUGAUGGGAAAGGAGGAGGCUGUGGGUGGUAUUUGGACAAAGUUGUAGUGAGAGAAGAUGGGAAACCAGAGACGGACGCUGUCGAAUUUCCAUGCAACAGGUGGUUUGACAGAAACGAGGAUGAUGGGCACAUCAUUAGGGAGUUGGUUCCUGCUGGAGACUCACAGAAUCUGAGGAGUAUCAGCUAUCACUUUCAGAUUAAAACAGGCGACGUCAGUGGGGCCAGCUCGGAUUCCCGGGUCUUUGUCAAACUGUACGGAGAGAAGGGGGACACCAACAAACAGUUCCUUCUGGUUUCUGAUAACAACUUGGGGGAUAACUUUGAAAGGGGCCGAGUGGAUAAUUUCACCAUAAAUACCAUUGAUAUAGGCAAGAUCAAUAAGCUGUUGAUUGGGCACGACAAUGUGGGGAUUCGAGCGGGUUGGUUCUUGGCCAAUGUGGUGGUUCAGGUCCCCUCCCAUGGGAAGCAGUACAUGUUUCCUGUGAACCGCUGGCUGUGCAAGGACGAGUGUGACGGGAAGGUGGAGGUGGAAGUGUACGCUAGCGAGGUGAAAAUGAUAGAGAAAUUGGUAAAUUAUGAAGUUAUAAUAACCACCGGCAAUGUGCGGGGAGCUGGAACCAACGCCAACGUCUUCAUGCAACUCUAUGGGGAACAGGGGAAGACUGAAGAGAUGUUUUUGAGGAGUCGUUCUAAUGACUUUGAAAGAGGAGCUGUCGAAAUAUUUAAGAUUGAGGCCGUGGAAGUGGGGAAGAUCCGCAAGCUCAGGAUUGGCCACGAUGGCAAGGGGUUUGGAGACGGCUGGUAUUUGGAGAGUGUUGAGAUCAAGCGAGUUGGAAUGCAAAUGAUGUCUGGGGAGAAGACGGACAAGAAGAAGAAAACCAACAAGAAGAAGAAAUCCAGUAAAGAGGAUGAGGAGGAGCUUCAGCCUCAAGAAGUGGUGGAGUCCUACAAGUUUGAGUGCCAGCGCUGGUUGGCCAGAGGGGAAGAAGAUGGAGAGCUGGUGGUGGAGCUUCUGCCUCUGGAAACUUCAGAACUAGAAGAGAACAGCUAUGAGAUCCAUGUAUUUACUGGCACCGUUUGGGGAGCCGGAACAGAUGCAAAUGUUUAUGUCACCAUGUACGGAGAAUUAGGAGACACGGGAGAACGUCAGUUAAAGAAAGCCAACCAUCUGAACAAAUUUGAGAGAGGACAGGAGGAUAUAUUCACUAUAAAAGCUGUUGAUUUGGGAGAGCUUAAGAAACUGAGAAUCCGCCAUGACAACAAGGGAGCCAACGCGGGCUGGUUCCUUGACAGAGUGGAAAUUGUGGAUGAGAAGGAUGACACAAAGUAUUUCUUCCCAUGCCAACGGUGGCUCGCUGUCGAUGAAGACGAUGGACAGAUUGCCAGGCAGCUGGUACCUGUGAAUGAGGCCUUUAUGAAGAAAGAAGACGAAGGGCAAGACCAAUCACUUGCCACACUGGGUUUGGAACAGAAAGCUAAAUCGACAACUUACACAGUAAGCAUUAAGACCGGAGACAAGAAGAAUUCUGGGACAGAUGCCAACGUGUUCUUAAUCCUGUAUGGAGAGAAAGAUGAUACAGGGUUCAUGAACCUCAAAGCUUCCAAGACCAACAAGAAUAAGUUUGAGCGAGGCCAAAUUGAUGUGUUUACAGUGGAGGCCGUGGAUAUCGGGACUCUGACCAAACUAAAAAUUGGGCACGAUAACAAAGGUACCUCCGCUGGUUGGUUCCUGGACUGGGUAGAGAUUGAUGCCCCAUCACUUGGUCAGCGGGUUAAGUUCCCAUGUGGUCGCUGGUUGGAUAAAAGUGAGGAUGACGGAACCAUUGAAAGAUAUCUGUUUCCUUCCGAACUGCAAACGGAGCAGUAUGUUCCAUUUGUGCCAUACGAGAUCACAGCCUACACCAGUGAUAUAUUUGGGGCUGGGACGGACGCAGAUGUCUUCAUUGUUCUGUACGGCAGAGACGGGGUCUGUACUCAGCAGAAAUCCCUGUGUGUGAACAAGAGAGAGCGGAGGUUGUACUUUGAGAGGAACUCGGUGGAUCAGUUCAUUGUAGAGUUAGAAGACGUUGGGGAUAUCAUUGAAAAGAUUCGCAUUGGGCACACUGGUAAAGGUCUCAACUCAGGAUGGCAUUUAGACAGAGUGGAAAUUCGAAGACUGCUACCAAAUGGAAAGGGCUCCCAGACCAUAACCUUUCCAUGUGAGCGGUGGCUUGCCAAAUCCGAGGACGACGGAGAGACAGUGAGAGAACUAGUGCCAUCAGAUAUCUUCACAGAGAAACUCAUGAAAGAUGGAACCUUGAAACAGAUUGAGAUGGAAGUAGAAGACCCUCUGGAAACCCACACGUACAGCAUAUCUGUCUUCACUGGCGACAUCUAUGGAUCGGGAACGGACGCCAACGUUUUCAUCACAGUUUAUGGAGAUUUGGGAGACACGGGGGAGAGGAAACUGAGCAAGUCAGAGACCAACUCCAACAAGUUCGAGAGGGGGCAGGUGGAUAAAUUCAAUAUAGAAGCAGUGGAUCUUGGCACCAUCUAUAAGAUUAAGAUUCGGCACGAUAACUCUAUGUUGAACCCUGACUGGUACCUGGAGAGGGUAGAGAUCCUUAAUGAAGUCACAGAAGAGACGUAUAUGUUCAUCUGUGAGCGAUGGCUCUCCACCAAGAAAGAAGACAAGAAGAUUGAACGAGUGUUGUAUGAGAAGGAGUAUGAUGGGGAGCGUCUUAGCUUGGGAAGCUCAUCCAAAAGCUUCUGGGGAUCAUCCAUCAGUCUGAGAAGUCAGGAUAACAAUGCCAAUGUAAAGGGCAAGAACAGCCUAGAUGGUUCUCACCAAGACGCAACAUUGAUCCCAUAUCAUAUCACUAUCACCACUGGCCUUGACCGAGUUGGAGGGACAGAAAGUCGCGCUUAUGUCAUCAUCAUGGGGCCUCAGAAGAUAAGGACAGAACGACUUUGGCUGGACCUGCCCAAAGAGAAGAAAGGUUUUGCGCCAGGGUCAGUGGAGAAGUUCUCUGUCGUGGGACUGGAUGUUGGAGAGAUUAAAAAGAUGGAGUUGGGCCACGAUGGGGUUACCCCAGAAAGCUGCUGGCUUGUGGAUGAGAUCCAACUAACAGUGCCUAACAAAGGACUCAUGUAUACCUUUGUCUGUAAAUGCUGGUUUGCCAAAGAUAGAGGAGAUGGUCUAACUGCACGGGUCUUCGAUAUGCUGGAUGCAACUGCCAUCACUAUUGGCCAUAAGAUUCUCUAUGAGGUUACUGUUGUCACGGGAGAUGUACCAAACGGGGGUACUGAUGCCAAUAUUUAUAUAACCUGCUUUGGAGAAAGUGGGAGCUCAGAGGAAAUGCAGCUGCCAAAAGGAGAUGACAGGUUUGAGAGAGGCCAGCGUGACACUUUUGUCAUGGAGAUCGCUGAUAUCGCCCCACUGAAGAAGAUGAGAAUGCGUAUAGAUGGGAAGGGCAGCCGUCCUGAGUGGUAUUUCGAACAGAUCACCUUGAAGAACCUGACCACCGAAGAGGAGACAGUGUUCAUGUAUGGGGACUGGUUGUCCAAGACCAAUGGCGAGAGGAAGACUCUGUCCUGUGAAAUGGCAGCCACAAUCGAUGGUGAAGAAAUGGUAGACACUACGACGUACAUUAUACAAGUCAAAACCAGCGACGUGUCAGGAGCCGGUACUGAUGCCAACGUGUUCCUGAUAAUCUUCGGAGAGAACGGAGACACCGGCACUCUGGCAUUGAAGCAGUCCAACAAUUCCAACAAGUUUGAAAGGAGCCAGAGCGAUGUUUUCAGAUUCCCAGAUAUGUUGAGCCUCGGAGAUCUGUGCAAAGUGCGGGUCUGGCACGAUAACUCAGGUAUUGGCCCCGGCUGGCACCUGGAAUUUAUAGAUAUAAAGGACGAGACCAUGAACAAGAGUUUCCGCUUCCAGUGUGACCGAUGGCUCGCCAAGAACGCGGACGAUCACCAGAUCAUAAGGGAGCUCGCCUGUGCCAACAACGAUAUCUUGGAUCUGAAAGAGCGCACAUCUUAUGAGAUUGUGACGGUGACGAGCGACAGGGACGAUGCAGAGACCAAAGACAAUGUCUGGAUCGUCUUGGAGGGCAAAAAAGGGAGGUCAAAAGAAUUUCUAUUGGAGAACUCUUCCAAAAAGCGGAGGUUUGCACGGGAUGCAACGGAUAAAUUUAAGUUUUCCUCCAAGAACGUGGGUGACAUUGCUGCCAUCUGCGUUGGCCAUUGCCCCAAGGAUGGAAGGAAGUUUUCUCCAAAGCCAGAUUUACACUGGCACGUCAAGGAGAUCAUCGUGACCGAGACUGAACUUGGAAACAAGUAUAUAUUUAACUGCAAUGCCAAGGUGCCACUCCGCAGCAAGAGGGACGAUUACAAAGUGUUUGAGUGUGCCAAGGCAGUCGAGAGCUUUGCCAGCCGGGCCCGCAGUUUGGUACCAGUCAAAUACGAAGUCAUCGUGGUCACCGGUUUUGAAAAGGGGGCGGGAACAGAUGCCAAUGUGGUCAUCACUAUGUACGGCUCCAAUGGAGAUUCCGGGCGGCAUACCUUAAAGCAGAAGAUGCGGAACCUCUUUGAGCGCGGGAAAACCAACCGCUUCUUCAUAGAGACCCUGGACCUUGGGGAAAUGAAGAAAGUCCGCAUGGAGCACGAUAACAGCGGUAUCAACCCCGGGUGGCUGCUGGAGAGGGUGGAGAUCACCAACACUGCAACGGGGGUCACCACCAUAUUCCCAUGUGGAAAAUGGCUCGACAAGAAGAGGGGAGGAGGGGAGACCUGGAGGGAUCUGUUCCCAAAAUACUAAGGAUCAUUUGUAUCACAGAGACACCAGGGCAGGGUGCUUCAGUCAACCCCUCACGUGCCUCAUACCGUAUCACUGCAUUUAUACAGAUAUUAUUCUUUUUAUAUGCUGUUUUUGUACAGGUUGCAUGUAUAGAGAUUCAGGAAUUGACUUCAAAUCCAGGUAUCCAGGUAUCCAGGGCUGUUCUUGAUGGUUAGUGUGGCAAAAUAUCAUCCUGUGCUGGAGACCUCGUUAUUUAUAAUUUAUAUCCCCUUCAACCCUGUAUAUACCCCUCCAGCCUCCCCUGCUAAAGACACGCCUACCUCUAGCUUUUUUAAAAAGGAUCUGAACCCAAAUCCAAAUAAAGGUAUUCAGGGUGCUCCCACGUGCGCUUUUGCAAUUUACAGAAAUGUUCUAGUUGUAGUGGUUUCUAAGACUUUUGCAGUUUUAGACUGCUAAUAUCAGGCUCUCUUUUAGAGCUGCUGUGCCAGAGAUGCUAGGGUUAACUGACUAUGCAGGGAUCAUCUCUGAAAGAGACGCUGGGCCAUAAGCCUGGUAUUAGUCUAAAGCCACCGUUAUCUCAGAAACCACUAAAAAUAGAAAAUGAAGGAAAAGUGCUCAGAAGGGCAUCAUGAGUAAGUUUAAAGGAUAAGUAAACCUUUAAAAUAACAAUGUAAAAUUGAUGAGGCUGCUAUUCUAAGAAAUAUGGUAAUAUACAUUCAUUAUUUAUUUUGUAUUAAUUCCAAGAUAUUAAGGGAUACAU